UACAUGUAGAGUUGUCGAUACUUAUAAUUAAAUAAAAUGUAUUUAUUUUCAUUGCUCUUAAUAAACUAAUUCAAUUGAAGGGUUCUUAUUUUGAUAUCACGUGAUUUUAGUUUUAUUUCAUAUAUGUAAUUUAAAUAGACCAUUAUUUACAAUCAAAAUGAUUGAACUCUCUGCAAAACUUACUACUGGUACUGUUUAUUUGGCUGGCGAAGCUAUAGAAUGUGCUAUAACAUUUUCCCACACUGCACAACCAGAGCAUAGGAAUUCCCAAAGUCAUAGUGAUAUCUUAGAAAACUUGGCAUGGGCGUCAGCUCAAAUACAUUGUUUCUUUUCAACAUCUAAAAAUUCAGGAGAAAAAACCCCUGUGAUUGAAAAAACAACUGCUUUAGAAGUUACAUCAUGUGAUAUUGGUGAUGUUAUCUUUCACACAAAGCCAAAAAUAUUAUUUUGUGAUUUGACUAUACCUUUGGGCGAAACUAAAACAUUUUGGUAUAGAGAAUCACUACCAAUUGAAGCACCACCUUCGUACAGAGGGACAGCUGUAAAAUACUCUUACAAGAUAACAAUAGCAACACAAAAAGUUGGGUCUCAUAUCAAAAUGGUUAGAAUACCUUUUAGAGUUUUACCUAUUAGUCCUAUUAUAAAUAUGCAAGACUUAUCUGCUCUUUGUGGCAAUGAGACAACAGAGGAACUUCAACCGACUAAUCCAUUUUCUGAGGAAAGAAAAGUAGAAACGCCUCUAACUAUGGCUCUGCAGGUGUUACAGAAUCUCACAGCAAGAAGAAGUCCCAAUUCAUAUAUGAUUACAAAUGCGAGGGGCAGAGUCGGUAGAUUCUGUUUAUUCAAAUCAGCAUACAAAUUGGGGGAGGACAUUGUUGGUACUUUUGACUUCUCAGUUGGUACUGUCACUUGUAUGCAGGUGUCAGUAUCUUUGCAACCUGAAGAAAUUACAAAAACUAAUACACCAACAAAAAAUGUAAAUAAAGAAAACUCAAGUAGAUCAAUGACUGUGGCCAGAUGUCAUGAAGUCACCGUAGGUCUUACACAUUCCCAACUCAUUUUGCCAAUACCAUUACACAUAACUCCUGCAUUUGAGGGGGAUGAAGUGUCACUAAGUUGGCGACUUCACUUUGAAUUUGUGACAAGUAAUGAGAGGUUAUUUCCAACUUCAGACGAUAAGGACUGGAAUGCACCUCUUAAUGUUCCAAUAGAAACAAUGGUCUGGAACCUGCCUGUGAAGAUUUACUCUACACAACCUAAGCAAAUCUCGCAACAGUCUGUUGGAAGUGAUGCAUAUACAUUAUAUAUAAAAUAA